ACACACACUCAUAUUCGUGGGGGAAAAUCGCACAGAAAGGCACAGCAAAUCGCCAGUGAAUAGCGCGAGUUUAGCGCUCGUGAGGCGAAAAGUGAAAGUCUCAGGCCAUUCCACCCAUACAAACUCGGAUUGAUUCCAUUCGAGUUGCCAGCACACGUUUGCUGCUGCUGAUUCAAAAUCAAUAAAGCGGCCGCCAGUCCCACAAUGGACUUCACCCGAUUCAUGAACAAGUUCAACGAGAUCGAGCGCCAAUUGUCCCCGACCUCCGCGCUGCGGCUGAGCUUCGACAACAUCUCGCCGGAGACGGAGGAGCCGCCGGAUGGCAACAAGAGGCUGUGGGGCGUGCCCGUGCCGCCCUUCGUCUCCGAGAAGGUGGUCUCCUGGAUCGAGGAGGAGUUCAACGAGGCUCCGGUCUUCUACAACGGCAACAGUGUGCUCAAGAAGGUGGAAAAUGUGCGAAUGAUAGAUCGCUACAAUACCAAAAAUCCCACGGUGGGCACCCUCUAUCUGACGGCCACCCAUCUGAUAUUCGUGGAGCCCGACAGCAACAAGGAGACCUGGAUCCUGCACAUGCACGUGGCCAGCAUUGAGAAGCUUCCCUUGAGCACGACAGGAUCUCCGCUGCUCAUCCGCUGCAAGACCUUUCUGUCCGUAACUUUCGUCAUUCCCAAGGACUCCGAGUGCCACGAUGUCUACACCUCGCUGCUGAAACUCUUCCAGCCGGUGUCCAUCAACAAAUUGUACUGCUUCAACUACCAGCCGAACAAGGAUGAUUUCCCCAAGAACGCCGGCUGGGACUACUUCAAGCUGGAGGCCGAGUUCAAGCACAUGCUGGUGCCCAACGAGGCCUGGACACUGUGCACCAUGAACGAGAAGUACGAGCUGUGCGACACCUAUCCGCGUCAGAUCUACGUGCCCAAGGAGGCCACCACGCUGAUGCUCAUCAGCAGCUCGCGAUUCCGCUCCAAGGGGCGGCUGCCGGCGCUCACCUAUCUGCACAACAACAAGGCCUCCAUCUGCCGCUGCAGCCAGCCGCUGUCCGGAUUCAGUGCCCGCUGUCUGGAGGAUGAGCAAAUGCUGGAGGCCAUACGCAAGACGAAUUCCAACACGGACUACAUGUAUGUGGUGGACACACGACCACGGAUUAAUGCCAUGGCCAACAGAGCCGCCGGCAAGGGAUACGAGAACGAGGCCUUCUACGAGAACAUCAAAUUCCACUUCCUCGGCAUCGAGAACAUCCACGUGCAGCGCGCCAGUCUGCAAAAGGUGCUGGAGGCCUGCGAACAGAAGUCGCCCACGAUGAGCGCCUUCAUAAAUGCCCUGGAGUCAUCCGGCUGGCUGAAGCACAUUCGCUCCAUAUUGGACACGUCGAGCUUCAUCGCCAACGCCGUGGACAAGGGCGUCUCGGUGGUGGUCCACUGCUCCGACGGCUGGGACCGCACGGCCCAGGUCUGUUCGCUGGCGCAGCUGAUGCUGAACCCCUACUACCGGACCAUCAAGGGCUUCCAGGCGCUGAUCGAGAAGGACUGGCUGGCCUUCGGACAUAAGUUCAGCGAGCGCUGCGGCCACAUCCAGACGGAUGCCCGCGAGGUGUCGCCGAUCUUCACGCAGUUCCUGGACUGCACCUGGCAGCUAAUGUCGCAGCGCAGCGAGGCCUUCGAGUUCAACGAGCGGUUCCUGCUCAUCCUGCACGACCAUGUGCACUCAUGUCAAUUCGGCACCUUCGUGGGCAACUGCGAGAAGGAUCGCUUGGACCUGAAGCUGGCCGAGCGCACCUUCUCGCUGUGGGGCUACAUGGCCAACCACCUGAACGAGUAUAUCAACCCGCUGUACAAACCAAAUGUGGACGAGGCCAUCAAGGCCAACCUGGCACCGCAGUGCAUUAAGUUCUGGCGCGGCAUGUAUAGUCGCUUCGAGAGCGGCAUUCAUCCGCGGGAGCCACUGGGCGACCUUCUGCUCGAUAGCAAGGAGCACUGCAACUCGCUGGAGGACCACGUGCAGCAUCUGACCAAGCGCAUAGCCAGCUUCAAGAACUACAUUUCCAAGUCAGCCAAGAAACUGCAAGACGCCACCAGCGCCCCUGGCAAAGUGAGCAAGGAGCUCUCCAGCAACGAGAUCAAUGACAACAAAUACAACUACGAUAAGAAGCUUAGCGAACUGUCUGCCGCCGACGACGAUCAUCCUCUGAAGGCCAGCAACAUGUCCUUCGCCAGUCUGUCGCUGAGCGCGGAACAAUCCAGUCCGCCACAGGCGCUGCCCGAGGAGAUCAACUCCGUGGCCGUAGACUGGAAGCCCAUGCGCAACGUAACCACCUGCUCCUGCUCCACACCCUUCGAUCAGUUCAGCAAAAAGACUCACUGCUGGCGCUGCGGGGACAUCUUCUGCGAGCGCUGCAUAGACAAGAACGUGGCUCUGCCAGGACACGACAGUGGAAAGCCGGUGCCGGUGUGCCGGGGCUGCUUCCGGCAAAUGCAAAAGCAAAGCCCGUAGAGGCAAGGCGGGCAGGAUCGAGGAAUCGAGCGGAGCUAGGGUGUGCGAUCGAUAUGAAAACGCUAUUAAAUUUAUUGUGUGUAUUUAUUGUUGCAUUUGUAGCCUUAGCUGCUUGUAGAAGCUCAUUCAAGUUGUUGCAAAUGGAAAUCAAAAGAGCAAAACCAAAUCAAUCCACCAGCGAUUGGCUUCCAGGCAUCGUCCUAGUCUAUAAGCCGGGCACAAAACUGUAUUUUGUUGUUAGAACCUAGAGCUACUUGUUUGCCAAUCCCACCCGCACGGAAAGUACAAUUGCAUGUCAGAGCGCAGACUUGCUCUUGAUCAAAAUAUUUAUAAUUUCCGAGGAACUCGACGGUCUCCGGAUGUACAGACACUUGGGCCUAGCCCUCUUCCGCAGCAGCGGUCCCUGGCAUCAAGUAUAUUCCACUAGCAUACCCGUAAAUUAUGAACUACGCAUCAAUCUUGUUUGUCGAUUUGAUCAAAGUGUAAUAAAACUUAUUUAUUCAACAA